ACAGUAGUAGAAACAGUAGGAUUACACUGUUUAUUACUAGCACUCCUAUCAUCUGUACACAUAGUACUGUCCAUCUUCUAUCUGUGUGUUUUCAUGUUUCUGUAGUGUUUGGAUUUAAAUUAAAGCAGAUUAUCUACGCUUUAAUAAAGAAGACAUGUUCCCAAGAGAGGAUGCUCUGCAUGGUGGGGGUGCUGAAUUUGGCACAACACCGGCAAGCCCACUGAGCAGUGAGUGAGGCUUUGUAAAUUGACUUUUUAAAUAUCAAUUUCCAAAGCUCAGUUUAUUUUCAUUGCUACUUACCAGUCGCAGGCUUGUUUUGUACAAGAUUUUGCAAAAUGGUUGGUUAUUGACUGGACCUGAAGAGCUUAAAUGGCAAAAAUAAAGGGGUAAAAAGGAGGUGUUCUAAAACUUUUGACCUCUAGUUUAUGCAAAUGUAAUUUAGUGUCAUUUUGAGUAACAGUCCAGGAUUCAUGUGAGUAUAUUUGAAGUAGCUGUAGGAUGGAGGAAGUGACUGCAAAUGGACAUCUGAUGCUUGGCUACAAGACUCCGCCCACCUGUGAGCUGCUGGACCUUCUGUUAAAAAACAGACGUCCCUCGGGCCCAUUUAAUGAAGUCUGGCCCAACAUCAUCAUCUCUGACGUGCACACAGCAAAAGAUGUGGAUCUGCUGAUGGUUCUGGGAGUGACUCACAUUGUAAACGCUGCAGAUGGACCGUCUCAGAUUGACACAGGCCCCGCCUUCUACUCACAUACCCCAACAUUAAUCCAGUAUUACGGAGUGGAAGCCCCUGACAGCCGAGACUUCAACAUCACCCCGUUCUUCUACCCCACAGCUCGCUUUAUACACACCGCUCGGACCCAACACUCAGGUAAAGUGUUGGUGCACUGUGCUCUGGGAAUUAGCCGCUCUGCAACUCUAGUCCUGGCAUAUCUGAUGAUCUACGAGGGUCUCACUGUCUCUGAAGCGAUCAAGGCAGUGAGAUGUCACCGGAACAUUCUGCCCAAUGCUGGAUUCCUGCAGCAGCUCAGAGAGCUGGACAUUCAACUAUCACUGCAGAGACAAUCAGCUUUAUCCUCUCCGCUCUCAGCCUCUUCAAUAUUUCCCUCUACAGACUGUACAGAUCCAUGAACAAAUACACUCAUUAACAAAAAUAAUACCACAGUAAGAAGUUGAUAGUUAAUAGAAGUUCCGUAUGGCAUCCUGCGACACAUUUACCAACAGAUGGGCCUGUAGAUCCUGCACAACUAAGGCAGGAUUGAAGUUCUCACCACAAUUGUGGUCUGGGUGUUUGUUUGUUUUUUUUGGUGAAUAAGUGUACAUUCAUUAUUAAAGUGCUUGUAAGACCCAAUUAUACAUAAGUACAUUUUGCAGAAGUCUAUGAACUACAAAUUAUAACUAAAGAAACAAGUGUGGUUGGAACUUUGCUUACACUCUUCAUGGUCACAAAUGAUACAGAUGGGAUUUUUAUUGUUUUUUUUUAAUGAUCAAAGUUCUGUUUGGAAGAGUAAAACUACUACAACACUGCAGCAACUGUUAAACAUGGUGUUGGGAGUGCUAGUUUGGAGGUUGACUGACAUGUCUGAAGUCAUGGGAGCAUGUUAGAUACUUUCCCUAUGUAGACAAAUGUAUAGUGACGCCUACAUAUUGCUUAU